AUGGCGGAUCUUCCGAAGGAGCAGCUCGACGGUUCUCAUGCCUUUGAGAUCACAGGCGUCGACUUUUGUGGCCCUCUUUUCUACAAGCCAGAGGCACGCAACAAGGCUAUAAUCAAAUGUUACGUCUGCGUCUUUAUUUGCUUCGCGACUAAGGCGAUUCAUUUGGAGCUGAUCCAGCAUUGGUCUACAGUCUCUUUUCUGCACGGCCUAAAGCGGUUCAUAUGCUCUAGACGAAGGCCGCGACAAAUUUGGUCAGAUAACGGAACCAAUUUUGUCGGCGCCAGGAAUGAGCUUUUGGAUCUAACGCGCCUAUUUCUCAGCGACGACCAUCAGACGGCAGUCCUGGAAUUUUGCACCUCGGUGCUUGGAUUUGAGGAACUGCGUACGCUGUUAUGCCACAACGCGGCAGUUAUUAAUUCAAGACUCUUAGCAUCCAUUUCAGAGAAUCCUGAUGAUCUGGACGUUUCAACUCCAGCUCAUUUCUUGAAUGGCGGACCUCCUGCUUCGUUCUCUGAGCCUGACGUAACUCAGCUAAACUUCGAUCGCCUGAACGGAUGGCAGCGCAUUUCAUAUUUGCAGCAGAUUUUCUGCUCCCGAUGGAAGGAAGAAUACAUUACUUCACUGCAACAGCGCUCAAACUGGCGCACGCCGAAGCCUAGUUUGGCAGUCGCAGAUGUGGUCCUUGUUAAGGAUGAGAAUCUGCCUCCCAUGAAGUGGCCACUAGCUAGGGUGGUCGAAGUACUACCCGGGGCGUCGCCCGAGUCGCUGUUCUGA